UGAGAGUCGUACAGCUACGUCAAUGUAUAGCGUAGAUACAUGUUACUGGAUCGGAGCUCAACGGCUGCUCAAUGCCUGUACCCGUCUGAGAUCUCAUCGGCCGGGGAGAGUUGCUUCGCGCAGUUCCCGGAGGAAUCCGGUGGCUAUGGCGAUGCGCUGGAAGGAAUUUUCGGUUAAGAAAACCACGCUGAUCGGCCUCGGCCUAGGACAGUUGCUAUCGCUUCUCAACGCUUCAACUGGAUUUUCUUCCUCUGUGCUCUCCAGGAAAGGAAUUGAUGCUCCAACUUCUCAGUCUUUUAUCAAUUAUGUGCUGUUGGCAUUGGUCUAUGGGGGAAUCAUGCUCUACCGGAGGCAGGCGCUCAAGGCCAAAUGGUAUUACUAUGUCUUGUUGGGAUUAGUUGAUGUGGAAGGAAACUUUCUUGUUGUUAAGGCAUACCAGUACACCUCAAUCACAAGUAUCAUGCUGCUGGAUUGUUGGACAAUACCUUGUGUUCUGUUUCUUACCUGGUUCUUCUUGAAGACAUAUUAUAGAUUCAAAAAAUUUGUUGGUGUAGGAAUCUGUAUUGUUGGUCUUGUAGUAGUUGUUUUUUCUGAUGUGCAUUCUGCAGAUAGAACAAGUGGUGUGGACCCAAUUAAAGGUGAUUUGCUUGUAAUUGCUGGGGCAACUCUUUAUGCUGUUGCUAAUGUCAGUGAGGAAUUUUUUGUUAAAAGUGGUGAUUUGGUUGAACUAAUGGCAUUCUUGGGCAUAUUUGGUGCCAUUAUCAGUGCUUUUCAAAUAGGCAUACUCGAACGCCAUGAGCUUGAAUCCAUUCAUUGGUCACCUGAGGCGGUGAUUCCAUUUGUGGGAUUUUCUUUGGCCAUGUUUCUAUUUUACUCGGGAGUUCCCAUCUUACUGAAGAUGAGCGGAUCUACCAUGCUGAAUCUGUCUUUGCUCACUGCAGAUAUGUGGGCUGUGUUGAUUCGAAUAUUUGCGUACAACGAAAAGGUGGAUUGGAUGUAUUACGUGGCCUUUGUUUCUGUGGCUAUCGGGAUCAUUGUUUAUUCAAGUGGUGAUGAAACCACUGGUGAGAAGAUGAUGGUAGAUGAAGAAGAGGAGGGCGGAUUGUUGGGUGAACAGAUGAGAGGAAAGUUGUUGCAGGAUUCAGAAUCAUCCCACCACAAAGGUUAGUAAGUUACUUGUCGUGUAAGACGGCCGGUGGUGCGAGGGUUGGAUCAUGGGUUCAAACCACGCAUCAGAUGAUUCAGGUCACCUGCCACACAGGUUAGCCUAGUAUGACUUGUCUGUCUAGCCUAGUUUACGGAGUGUGCACUUUGAAGUAGCGGCUCCCAUUUUGAAAAAAAAAAAAAAAUUACUAAUAUUGUACAUACUAAUGAAGUCAAAACUCCGCAUAUAAUAAAUGAGGGAGAUAUGGUUAUUUUA